UUAUUUAAUGAGUGUCUAGUUGGGACACUUCUCACAAGUUGAAACAUUUACGAUUAUUUGGUAGGGGUGUUGUUCUGGCAAACUAAGAUCAUGGAAAAGUUCUCGAACGUAUCUGGAACUUCUCUUUUGGUACCAUCAGUUCAAGAGUUGGCCAAACAAAAUUUGGUUACUGUUCCACAAAGAUACAUUCAGCCUCAAAAUCACCAACAAAUGCUGCAUAUUUCUCAACAACCUAAUGUUGGAUCCCUUCAGAUUCCAGUUAUUGACAUGCACAGAUUGCUUUCUCAAGAAUCUGGAACUUCUGAAUUGGAUAAGCUUCACCUUGCUUGCAAGGAAUGGGGAUUCUUCCAGCUGAUAAACCAUGGAAUAAGCUCAUCCAUGGUGGAGAAAGUGAAGUUGGAGAUGGAAGAUUUCUUCAACCUUCCGAUGACAGAGAAGGAAAAGUUUUGGCAAACUCCAGAACACAUGGAGGGUUUUGGACAAGCAUUUGUUUUUAGUGAAGAUCAAAAGCUAGAUUGGAGUGAUAUGUUCUACAUGAUCACCCGUCCAAAGCACUCCAGAAUGCCCCACUUAUUUCCACAACUCCCUCUUCCUUUUAGGGACACUCUAAAAGUUUACUCAGAAAAGAUGAAGGAUCUGGCUAUGGAUAUUCUUGGGCAUUUGGCAAAAGCAUUGGGGAUAGAAGAAGUGGAAAUAAAGGAGUUAUUUGAAAACGGGUUACAAAUGAUGAGAAUGAAUUAUUACCCUCCUUGUCCUGAACCAGAAAAAGUGAUUGGCCUAACCAAUCAUUCAGAUCCAACAGCUCUCACCAUCCUCUUACAACUCAAUGAACAAGAAGGAUUGCAGAUAAGAAAAGAUGGAAUGUGGGUUCCUGUUAAACCCUUGCCUGAGGCCUUCAUUGUUAAUGUUGGGGACAUCUUGGAGAUUAUUACCAAUGGAACAUAUCGAAGUGUUGAGCAUCGAGCAACAGUGAACUCUGAGAAGGAAAGACUUUCAUUUGGAACUUUCUACAGCCCUAGAGAAGAUGCUGUCAUUGGUCCUUCGCCAUGUCUGAUAACUGAUCAAACACCACCACAGUUCAAAAGCAUCAGAGUGGAUCAGUAUUUUAAGGACUUUUUUGCUCGAAAACUUAAAGGAAAGUCCAACAGAGAUAACAUGAAAAUAGAUCAUCCUAAUUAGGGAACAAAGAUGUUUUAAGCAGGGUUGUAUGUGCACAAUAGAAAAGUUUAUAUGUAUAAUAAUGUGCACAGUGAAUCAUUUGUAAGAUACUGAAUGUGGUCCACUGGUCCACUAGCAUGUGUAAUGUAAUUUGUCAUCUACAUAAUUAAUGUAUGCUUGAUGUCCAAUCUAAA